CUCCAAAUUGUUCAUGAAGUCAACAUCACCAAACUCACCCUUCCCUAUAAAAACCCCUCCUAACUAGUUCCCUCUUCAUAACAUUUUGAAGCUGUCCAACAUCUUCAUCUUUCUCCCGCAAACACAUCUUCUCCACACCACAAAACAUAUACCCCUGGCCAUUUUCUCUCUAUUGUGGUGGUUAUCAUGGGAAUCACUGCUCCUUUCGCUCCAAUAACUCAAUGCACAACCAAAGACCGGUCCAACCAAACAGUUGUCUCCAACCUCGAUGGCACUCUCCUCGUGUCCCGCAGUGCCUUCCCAUACUACCUCCUCGUUGCUCUCGAAGCCGGCAGCAUCCUAAGAGCCCUCUGUCUCCUCACCCUCGUCCCCUUUAUCUACUUCACCAACCUCUUCAUCUCUGAAAAUGCGGCGAACAAAACCUUAAUCUUCGUAACCUUCGCAGGGCUCAAACUCAGGAACGUUGAGGUAGUGGCGCGGUCGGUGCUGUCCAGAUUCUACGCGGAGGAUGUACACCCUGACACCUGGCAUGUUUUCAACGCCUUUGGGAAGCGCUACAUUGUCAGCGGCAGCCCCAGGGUGAUGGUGGAACCGUUUGCCAAAACGUUUCUUGGCGCAGAUAAGGUCCUUGGAACAGAGCUCCAUGUAACAUCGUCAGGAAGGCUGACAGGGUUUACUGAGGAAGUCGGUAUGCUUGUUGGUGACCAAAAGAGAGACGUGGUCAUCAAGGAGUUUGGAACGAACUUGCCCGAUGUAGGACUCGGAGACUGUGUAACCGACUAUCACUUCAUGUCCAUUUGCAAGGAAGGAUACAUGGUGCCAAGGAUGAAGUGUGAGGCACUACCAAGAAACAAACUUCUAAGUCCAAUUAUUUUUCAUGAGGGCAGGCUAGUUCAGAGACCAACUCCUUUGGUGGCCCUCUUGACCUUCCUGUGGAUGCCAAUUGGCAUCAUACUCUCAAUCCUAAGGGUCUACCUCAAUAUUCCUUUGCCAGAAAGAAUUGCUUGGUACAACUAUAAGCUUCUUGGAAUAAGGAUCAUUAGGAAGGGUACACCUCCACCACCACCAAAAAAAGGUCAAAGUGGGGUGCUAUUUGUGUGUAACCACCGUACAGUUUUAGACCCUGUGGUUACUGCUGUUGCACUAGGGAGGAAAAUCAGCUGUGUCACAUACAGCAUAAGCAAAUUCACCGAAAUAAUUUCACCUAUCAAAGCUGUGGCACUCUCAAGGGAGAGAGAAAGAGAUGCAGCCAACAUCAAGAAAUUACUUGAAGAAGGAGACUUGGUUAUUUGUCCUGAAGGCACCACUUGCAGAGAACCAUUCCUCUUGAGAUUCAGUGCUCUCUUUGCUGAGCUAACUGAUAGGAUUGUCCCAAUUGCCAUCAACACAAAGCAAACUGUGUUUUAUGGUACCUCAGUUCGAGGGUUCAAAUUGUUGGACCCUUAUUUUGUGUUUAUGAAUCCUAUGCCAACCUAUGAGAUCACUUUCUUGAACCAGUUACCGACAGAACUCACCUGUAAGGGAGGAAAAUCUUCAUUCGAAGUCGCAAAUUAUAUUCAAAGGGUUCUUGCAGGGACUCUGGGGUUUGAGUGCACCAAUUUAACAAGAAAGGACAAGUAUGCAAUCCUUGCAGGGACAGAUGGAACCGUUCCAUCUAAGAAGAAUACUUGAAAUUCCCAAAAGCUUAAAAUCAGUAUGGUAUUAGAGUAAUAAAAACUGAUUGUGAUUUUUUUUAUAAGAAUAAUAGUUUGCGUAAUUGUUGUUUUUAUGAUAAAUACAACUAGUUUAUUAUUUUUUCAGUCCCCAAAAUGUUUCACUUUUUUUGUAUUGCGGUUAUCAUUAGCUUUUUGCUAUCAUGUAUGAUAGCUAUGUGACAAAUCCAGUACCACAGAUGCAGGUAUGUGAUCAUAAGGUACAACAAUUAAAGGCAUUGCUUUGGUGCCAUCAA